UUUUAACUACCGACGGCGCGAAACCAAGUUAAAAAAGUUAGUAGCGUUCUGUCAUUAGGAAUUCCUAACUUAUUAUGCGGUAUAUAGCUCUGUUAGCCUGUGCCGGCAUCUGGAGUGUUACCCUGGUUGCGGUGACUCUCGCCUGCCAGACCCGAGAGGAAGGAUGUAGGGCCGACAUCCUUUGCUGCACCGACCUGGGACUGCAGUGCGACUAUACCACUCCCGAUUUCGGGUUUUGCCGAUUCCCCAGAUCCUCGCCGCCACUUACCUCGAGGCAACCACCCCAUCCCGCUGCAAUAGCAACCACCAAGCAUUCCGUGAAGCCGGCGGGCCCAACCACCAAGCAGCCAAAACCCCGGCCGACAACAACCAAACGCCGGCCGGUGAACACAGCCACCACGACCGUCGCUCCGGACCACAACGGCCGUGAAGGCAGACAGGACGGGGAAGGACUGCCCGGUUUCAUGAAUGGUCACCCGGUUUACGGGAACUACGCUAACAUGCCACCAUAUCCGUUCUUCUCCGGUAUGCCAAACCUUCCCAACGUGAAUUUCGGCGGCGGCCUUCCCGGCGUGAAUUUUGGCCUGCCGGGUUUGGCCGCUAGCCGAUGUCAGCCGUUCUUCCCCAACGGGCAACCUUUUGGCCAGCCGCAUAUUUGGCCGAACGUCGAGAACCGCGGAAUUCCUUAUAAAAUCGUGAGGGACAGCGACGAUCGUGGCGCUGACAGAUUUGUGUUGAGUGCUGAACGGGCGAUCGACAUGAUCAACGCCGCCAUGAUCGACUGCACGGGCUUCCAGAUGCGCCCUGCUGGUGACGCUGAUACCUGUCAUGUGCUCAGCAUCCACAUCUACCAAGACGUAUCCGAUUCCAAGAGCUGUAACGGCGGGGCUCCACACAGUGAACAAUAUGGAUACAACGACUAUGGCGACAACGCCAUCUACAUCAACACGGUACCAUUCAACGAACACCAACGUCCGGAUGCGAUGCUGCAUAUCGUGAUUAUGCACGAGCUGCUGCACGCGGUGUUCGAUCUACGCCACGAACACGCUCGACGCGACCGGGACCAGUACGUCAAGCCGCUGCUGGACAAUCUCAAGUGCCAAGAAAACGCCGCUGCCUUCGAGAAGAACGACCUGCAGGCGCCGUAUUUCGCAACGGAUAUGCGCUUUCCCUACGAUCCCAACAGCAUCAUGCACGCCAGUGGUACCGACUAUUCCCGUGGACCUGAUGAGAGAAACAACACCCUGUAUACGCUGUUCAUGCAGUCUGGAAUGCCGAAGCACUGGUACAUUGGUCCGUGGGGACCGCAACCGUGUCUGGGGUAUUUUGACGUUGCCAAGAUGCGCUCCCGUUAUCAGUGUACUGGAGACAAUCCACAGUCCCGCACCGAAUCGAGAAAGAUCGGUGUCCUGUUCCAGUGGAAGGUGGAAUGCGAUGGUCUGCGGUUUCAACUGGCGGGCCAGAUGCCGGCCGGUGACAUUACCGAGACGUCCAUGAUUAACGCCUGCGCGGCGCUCGUGGACGAGCAACACGCUGUGCUGGCCAAUGUGGAUCUGGAGCGACAAGUCUGCGAAGUGCUGACCAGCAUUCAGGACUGCCAGUACACACCGCAUCAUUCCGCCAACCAUACGAUGGCCGUCGUUCUGCGCAGCAACCGCAUCUUGCGGACCUUCGAGAACACCCGCAUGCAGACGCGGACCGACGCAACGCGACGCGUGGAGCAGGUGGACGACUCGGCAUUGGCCGAUCUGCGCCCGGGCGAAUGCCAGAUGCUGUGCCAACUGCUGCCCGGCGUCUGCGUGGCCGCCACGGCCAGCGACAAUAGCGGCCGUGUCCAGUGUCAGCUGUAUUCGCGCUGGGAGAAUUUCGUUCCGGCGAAAGACUCCCGCGUGACGACUUACCUGGUCCAGGACUGGGACACCAUGUUCACUUAUACUCCGUACGCUUAGCCUUAGCGAUAUAGAUCCGCAGGUCUGUUCAAAAAGCCUCGACCGUACGCUUAAUCUGUUUGAAAACCCGCUAUGCGUGCUUGUUGCUCUUGCGGCUUAAAAUACUGUUUAGCAACUGGACGGGGGAAGGCGCGAUGCGUGAUUUUGUUGCUCCUCCGUCCCUUGUCAUAUAAACUUCUCACUGCUAUUUCUUUUUUAACUGGCUUUCGGUGACCUGGCAGGCUGGCAAUGCCAUCCAGAUAACUGAACUGAGCGACUUUCCAAACCGUUGUUUGGAGCAAGUCAGCGGGGAAAUGCCGCUUCUGUUACCGAGGUUGUCGAAAGUAUUUUCUUGUUAGACGAGAACAAGGUCUUACAGAUACGUACUAUCA